AGGACAUUUGGCACACUGGAAGAAGCUGGCAGAUGGAAAUCAGGUUCUCCUGGGUGGAGCCAUGGACCCUCCUCAAGCUGCAGUAAUUGUCUUGCAUGGGAUCGACCGCGACAAAGUGGAGGCGUAUGUCAAAGAAGAUCCUUACGUCAUGAAUGGUUUGGUGCCCUCCUACGACCUCAAAGACUGGAAUGUGGUUGUGGGAUCUGCAAUGCCAAAAGCUGCGUGAGGAGGAAAAAGAACCAACAAUGCGCGCGUCCAGCCAACUCAGUGAGGCCGUUAAAGGAAUGUGAGGCGUCCAAAAAGAGAAUUUGAGGCGAGCACAAUGGAGAUGAAUUCGAUCACUUUUCUGGAUUCCAAAAUCGAAUGAAUGAAUUUGGUAACAGAAGUUCUUCACUAGCUACUAGCCUCCCUUUAGAUGGCUCGUGCGAUGUUAUUGCGGUAGUUUGGCUCAAGCGAAGAGCGCGAAGAGGUUCCGACAACUUUAAAGCCUUGGGCGGUGAACCUCAGGUGGAUGGCAGUGGCAGAGAAGAUCGGACAUCCAGCACCCAGACUGUCAAGGGCUCGCACGGUGGAGCUCUUUGAAAGAAACCGCUGGUUGACUCGAUCCAAUGUCGACCACACCGUGGCAGUGCUUACCAUGAAGUUGGAAGGGCCACGCCCAUUGCGCAUGGCACGAAUGGCUUCUGCGCAGUUUGCUCAGGCCAAAAAGCCAGAGAUGAUAGGAAUGCCUGACCCUCGUUUGAAGGGAUCUGCGGCAAGUUUGGGGAAGAAUCAGCCUGUCAGCCAAGGCUAUUCCCAGUCCUCCAAGCGAGUGGGUCAAGGCAAAGGACAUGCCUAAUGAUUGUGACCGCGACUGUGCUAUUUCUGUGAUUUGGCAAUUUAACGAUGCCACUUCAGAUCCUGGGGCCUUGCACUUCGAAUGCAGUGCACAGAGUCCCGGGCGGGGCCACAGUGGUGCUCAAGAGGGCCGCAUUGUUGGCAUUUGUGCACCAGUUGUGCCCCAUUGGUGUUUCUCAAUUGUGAGACCUCUUUUGGGUAUCACUUAAAAGGCAGAAAGUUGCCGUGUUUCCAAGCUGCUUCCAGGUAGCUAGGUAUGGUCCGUGUCAGUCAAUAUUGAGCACUAAAGGUGCCGCAAAACCAUUUGGGGAAAAAGAACCACU